AUGGAGUUGUAUCAAGUGCUUGCUGUAGUGUUAGUGUUCGGUGGCUGUAUAACGAAUACUAUGUUUUUAGAAGCUAUCGUACGGUAAGUGUUGUAGAACAGACAGUGUAUUAUUGUUUACAAGUAUAAACUUCCGAUUAUUAACUUUAUAUUUGAAUGAUAUCUGCAAGCUAUAUAGGUUUAUAUUGGGUUAUCAUCAACACUAAGUUCCUCUUAUACUAAAAUUGCUCAAAUUUUUUGGCUAUAAAAUUCAAAAUAAUCCUUUACUAGUAAAUAAUUAGACAUUUACGAUAGGUUUCAAUUUAAAAAAUUCAGCCAAUGAGUGUCUGCCAAAUUUGCCUGAGCACAAAAAUUGAAUUUUUGUUUUAUUUUAUUGCAGAGAGGUUCCAAGUUCUGGAAAUAUGGUCACAUUUUUACAAUUUCUGCUCAUUUCUGUUCAUGGAUUUUUCUUUACAACAAAAUGUCUGACUGUGAAACCUGCUAUUCCCAUAAGGUGAGUUUACACUAUUUUAAAUCAACAAAUAAGUUUGGUAAAUGAUUGUAAUUUUCAAUUUUGUUUUUUAGAUGUUACGCUACAAUGGUGUCAUAUUUCAUUGUCGUCAGUUUGUUAAAUAACAUUGCCCCAAAUUUUCACAUUCCAAUGCCAUUGCAUAUGAUAUUUAGAUCGGUAAGUUACAGAAAAAAGCUUGAAAUGGUAGCUUCAUUUCUUUUUGUGUGUUGUGUCUACAUGUUACUUAUUUAUUUAUUUAUUUAUUUAUUUAGCUUUGCCAACUAGGGCAGGGUCACCACAACAGCAUAUGCCAAUUACUGUGGGCCCUUUUUACCUAACCCACCCUUGUCAACUUUCCCUGUGGGAGGAAACCGGAGUACCCGGGGAAAACCCACGGCUUUCGGCAGAGCGUUGACUUUUGCUCUUUUCACAUGAGGACUGGAUUCAAGUCGCAUUGAGAAGGUACUUAGUGAGAUUCGAACCUGCAGCCUCAGAGGUGAAAGGCAAGUGCGCUAACCACUUGGCCACCGAAGCCCCUUAACCGUUACGCCUGUUUACAUGACCUUUGUUUGUUUUUAACAGGGUUCGCUGGUAGCCAGUUUGGUUUUAGGAAUAAUUAUCUUAAACAAAAGGUAAUUUAUAGUGCAGAAAAAUCAUUUCUGUAUUUCAUUAGGUUAUACCUGAUUGAUGGGUUAUCCACCCAACCUCCCUCCACCCGCUCCCCGUAAGGUAGAUUGGAUGCCAUUGGUUUGGAAAAGAAAAUGUCCUGGGGCUGGUUGUAUCAAGCCUGUUUAGCUUAAACGGUGGAUAAGUCAAAGUUAAAUAACACUCUUAUAUCUCCUGUGAAUCAGUUAACUUGAAUGUUCUGCACUGAAUGCUUAAUUGUAAACAAUAUUCUAUUAAGGUUCAAAACUUUUAGUUUGGUUGUUGAAUGAAUCUAUAGACUUGUUUUCUAUUUUGAGCUUAACCACCGUUUAAGCUAAACAGGCUUGAUACAACUGGCCCCAGGCCUGUACAUUGGAGAAGAAAUGUACCCAUUCACAUUUGGGUGGUAGCUAUAUUACACUCUCAAGAUCUCAUGUAAUAAUUGUUACCCAGCCUAUAUAUACUACAGUAUGUGUUUGUACUAAAAUUAAUUUCAAUUUCUUUGAUAUAGCUAUAAGCUGAGCACAUAUCUAUCUGUUGUCAUGAUCACUAUAGGAAUUACAAUUGCAACAAUAGUUUCUGCAAAGAAUUUAGUAAGUCACAGAUUGAACUGUUUUUAUAUGGACUUGUGUAAAAUAAUGUAAUUGCAUGCCAGUACAAUAGAUAGCAUAUUUGUUGCAUGCUUUUCAAAUUAAAAUUCACUACUAUAAUUAUUAAUUUUUCAUAUUUAAUAUCUGUACUAUGUGGAUAUGACAGGCUUGUCAUUUUCCCAAUUUAUUUUAUGCAUCUUGUAGGAUAGUAGUAGUCUUGUAGGAUCAUCUGGGGACAGUGCUGUUGAUAUCAUGUGGAUGGGAGUUGGUAAGUUGUGCUUUAUAAUUCCCAUAGUUAUUUUUGCAUUUGAGGCAUCUUCAUAUCUCAGAACGUUCUGACAAGUUCAAAGUCCAUGACCCCCCCUCCUCCCCAUCAUAUGGUUACCCUGAAACUUUGCUGUACAUGUAUCUUCCACUGUGAUGAGCAUGCACAAUGGUUUGGUACUUUGCUACAUGUAUGAUAAGUUCCAACUCAACCCCCCCUCUCUCCCCCACUACCCCUCUCCCAAUACCCACCUAAAUCGCUGAAUUUUCAUUCUGUGUAGGAGUGGUAGUUCUUGUUGUUUCUAUGGUGACAACAUCUAGACUAGGAAUUUAUCAGGUUAGAAAAAUGUUCAGUCAUGAGACUUGAAAUGGUUCAGUUGUCAAAAUAUAUAUUUGUAUAUUUUAGGAGGUACUAUAUAAAGAAUAUGGAAAACAUCCAAGUGAAGCUUUGUUUUAUUCAGUAUGUAUUCAGUCAAACAUCCUCAAGGAGAAAUCCAUUGAAGUGCCGACUUCAAAUGAAAUGCAUGACAUUUCUUGUGGCAAGCAAAUUCUUUGAGAUAUUAAAUUUUCUUUUAUAUCUUAAUUUCAGCAUUGCUUACCAUUGCCCAUCUUUUUGCUACUAGCUGGAGAUAUUUAUAGACAUAUCUUAUUAUAUAAUUCAUCAGGUAUGUUGUCUACAAUCUUAAUGGACCAGUCUAGGUAGUACUGCAAAAUAAGCUGCUGUGGUUUGUGUCUGAACUACUUCUAAGAUUUUAAUUACUUGAGUGCUUCGGUAGCUGAAGUGUUUCACCCUCGACAAAAAAAUACAUAGACUAAAUGUCUGUAUGCUACACAGUACACAGUCUGCACUAAAUAUAUAUUCCUUCUAUUCAUCACAAAGUUCUUAUUUCUUUAAAAUUAUUUCUUUUGCCAGAAUAUUUAGUAUAUCAAGGAGUAACCAUGUACAUUCCCAGACUAUGGUUUUACAUGAUUGGAAACUGUAUCACUCAAUUCAUAUGCAUUCGAAGUGUAUUUGUACUAACCACAGAAUUCUCAUCCCUCUCUGUGACGCUGGUUGUGACUCUUCGAAAGUUUGUGAGUUUGAUGAUUUCGAUAUUCUUCUUUCAAAAUCCAUUCACGGUGUAUCAUUGGAUAGCUACAGCACUUGUUUUCACUGGGACAUUUAUAUUUCUUGACCUUCAUAAUCGCUUGCUGCAAAUUUGGAUGCCAGAGAAGGAAGAGAAGAAGGAACAGUAA